GGAAGUGGCCCGAGGGAAGAUGUUUGGUGUCAUCUCAGCGCCCUGCCGGACCUUACAAGUUCUCGCCCAGCCUCUGCGCGGAGACGCAAGCGUUCGCUCGCCCUUGGAGUGCGCAGACGCCUCGGGUCGCACUCGAGGCUUUUGUGUGGGGUUCUGUGUUUUUCCAGAAGUGUCCUGAGGAGCAGGGAAGCAUGGCUACUAUGGAUCUAAAAACCAUGUUCAAGGGGUUGGUGACAUUCGUGGAUGUGGCCAUAGACUUCUCUAAGGAAGAAUGGGAAUGCCUGGGCCCUGCUCAGAGGGACUUAUACAGAGACGUGAUGCUGGAGAACUACGGCAGCUUUGUAUCACUGGGACUUACCAUUUCGAAGCCGUCAGUGAUUUCCCUAUUGGAACAGGGAAAAGAACCUUGGAUGGCUGGGAAAGCAGGAUGGUACCCAGAUUUUCUAUCUAGGUAUGAGACUAAGGAGUUAUCCCUAACGAAUGGCAUUUUUGAAAAGGAAUCAUUAAAAUGGAAAAUUAUGGAAAGUGUCAGAAGUUCUUGCCUUGAAGAAUCUUGUUUUGGAAAUGACGGGAAAGUCAAGGGACUAUUUAAGAGACAACAGGAAACUAAAGAGGAAUAUUUCAGGCAUGUGACAGUCCCAUUUGAAAAAAUAUCAAAUGAAUUCAUCCAGCCUACCUCCCUUAUUCUAAAAAAAAUAAUUUAUACUGGAGAGAAACUCUGUGAACGUAAAAGCUUUGAAGACCUUUCUCAACAGGUAAGAAUUCAUAUCGGUGACAAACUUGAUGAAAUGUGUGGGAAGGCCUUUAUAUUUUAUACAAACCAUAUGAAACAUCAGCAAAGUCUUCCUGGAAAGAAAUGCGAUGAAUUUAAGGAACAUAGCAGAGACUUUGCUUAUGACUCCCAACUUACUCAAUAUCAAAUAAAUCAUACUAAUAAGAAAAUGUAUGAAUGUCAGACGUGUGGAAAGACCUUUAGAAAGCAUGCCCACCUUACUAAACAUAAUCGAAUUCACACUGGUGAGAAACCAUAUGAGUGCAAAGAAUGUGGGAAAGCUUUUGUCUGUUGUUCAACAUUGAUUCAACACAAGAGAACUCAUACUAAUGAGAAACCCUAUGAAUGUCUGGAAUGUAGAAAGACUUUUAGGCGGAGUGCACAUCUUACUCGACAUCAAAGAAUUCAUACUGGUGAGAAACCCUAUAAAUGUAAGCAAUGUUGGAAGGCCUUUGCUUCUGUCUCUGACUUUAAUAGACAUCAGAAAAUUCAUAGUGGUGAGAGACCUUACGAAUGUAAAGAAUGUGGGAAGGCAUUUAAUAGUCGCUCAACUCUAGUUCAACAUCAGAGAAUUCACACUGGUGAAAAGCCCUUUGAAUGUAAGGAAUGUGGCAAGGCAUUUAAUAAUUGCUCAACACUUACUCAACACCAGCGAACUCAUACUAAUGAGAAACCUUAUGAAUGUCAGGAAUGUAAAAAGGCUUUUAGGCAAAGUGCACAUCUUAUUCAACAUCAAAGAAUUCAUACUGGUGAGAAACCAUAUGAAUGUAAGCAAUGUGGGAAGGCUUUUAAGAGUGCAUCGUAUUUUUUUAUACAUCAUAGAAUUCACACUGGUGAGAAACCCUAUGAGUGUAAAGAAUGUAGAAAGUCCUUUAUUGAUUGUUCAACUCUUAUUCAACAUGAGAGAAUUCACACUGGCGAGAAACCCUUUAAAUGUCAGGAGUGUAGGAAAGCCUUUAGGCAGAGGGCACAUCUUACUCAACAUCAAAGAAUUCAUACUGGUGAGAGACCCUAUGAAUGUAAGGAAUGUGGGAAGGUCUUUACUUGUCUUUCACAGGUAAAGAGGCACCAGAGAAUACACAUGAGGUGAGAAAUCCUAUGUAUUUGAAUAUUGUCCUUCAUGUA